GUAUUGUAUUUUGCAAAAAGUGCUGAAAUAACUGGAGUUCGUUCAGAGACCAUUUCUGUGCCACAAGAAAUAAAAGCAUUGCAGCUGUGGAAAGAGAUAGAAAGUCUACAUCCUGGAUUGGCUGAUGUUAGAAAUCAGGUGAUAUUUGCCGUUCGUCAAGAAUAUGUCGAGCUUGGAGAUCAGCUCCUCUUGCUUCAACCAGGAGACGAAGUUGCCAUUAUCCCCCCUAUUAGUGGAGGGUAGUACUUUUGAGUCAUUGAGGAAAGAGAUGGAUGAAGUGGAAGAGGAAUCUAAGGAUAUAAUAAAAUUUACUGCCGAGAAGCUUUCAGUAGAUGAAGUCUCACAGUUGGUGGUUUCUCCACUCUGUGGUGCAAUAUCCCUAUUUGUAGGAACUACAAGAAAUAACUUUGAAGGAAAAAAAGUCAUUAGUUUGGAAUAUGAAGCAUAUUUACCGAUGGCAGAAAACGAAGUCAGAAAAAUCUGUAGUGACAUUAGGGAGAAGUGGCCAGUCAAACACAUAGCCGUGUUCCAUAGACUCGGCUUGGUUCCAGUGUCAGAAGCAAGCAUAAUCAUUGCUGUGUCCUCAGCCCAUAGGGCUGCGUCCCUUGAAGCUGUGAGCUAUGCCAUUGACACUUUAAAAGCCAAGGUACCCAUAUGGAAAAAGGAAAUGUAUGAAGAGUCUUCAUCAUCUUGGAAAAGAAACAAAGAAUGCUUUUGGGCAACUCAUGAUUAGUCACUUAUAUUUUAAGAGCAUUCUAUCUUAAUUUGGUAAACUUUUAUCAUCGAUCACAUUUUGGUUUUUCUUCGCCAGGAACUGUGAUAGGUUACUGAAGCACUGUCUUACACCAAUGGAACAAAAGUAAGAAAAGUAAAUAAAUAAAUGGGUAUAUAGGAUAAGGAGUUAUUUAGGAACUAGGUCUCGAGGAAAGACCUUAGGGAAGAAAUGAGGUAAUUUCAAUAUGAAGAAAGACGUCUGUGGUAGACAUCUUCUUCUAUGAUUAAUUUCUAAGUGUGCUCAACUCACAUUGAGGUGUGGCCCCCUCCUUAUCACUCUCUCAAGAAAAGCCUCCCUAAUGCCCUAUCCUGAGUGCCCCAUGAUGAUGAUGUCAUUAGGAAUGCAUGAUGGGAACACUGACAAAACUGAAAGUAUAAAAAAAUCAUUAUCAGACUUGAUGUCAUGUAUUUUUCAGAACUUAUAUAUUUUUUUAAAAAUGCAUGAUUUAAAAAUUUUUAAAUAGUAGUCAAAAAAUUUUAUGAUUUCUAGCACUUCAGAAAAUAUAGGCUUACAAUAAUACUUUCUUUUGUAUUUUAUUCAUUAUCUGUCUAUCUAAAACAGCAUAAAAUUAUAAAACUAGCAACAGAAUGGUUUGUGUUAAAAUAUUAGUUGAUGUUUAAAAUGUAACCCACAACCUUUUGAAGAAAUUAUGUUAAGUAAGUUAAUUUAGGAAAAUACAUAUUUAUUAAAGUUUUUUCAGAUAGAUUUCCUUUUGAUUGUGUUACAUUAUCAUUAGUGAGGUCAUUAAUAAACACACUUUCUGCAAGAUUUUUAUAUGAAACAAUCAUGUAGUUUUUAAUUGGUCAACCAGUAUAUUACGUUGAUUGAUUGUGUAUGUAAGUCCCAUAUAGUUUUGGUUUUUUUUUAAUUUUCUUUCCUAUGCUGUUGAGACAUUCUUGACAAAUAAGAAUUGUAUGUUUUUAUAGUA